AUGGAAAUGUCUGAUACGGUCAAACCUCGGACUUCCUUCCUCAUAGAGGACAUCCUCUCUGUUAAGGACAGCGCAAGAUUUAAUGGAAAAUGCUGCUUGCAGAACAAGGAAAGAUUUUCAGGGUGGGAAGAGGAAUCAGAAAAGUUGUCUAAGCAACUCUCCCCACUGGAGUCAGCAUUUGGAGUACAGACAGAGUCAUUGGACACAUCCUGUCCCAGCACUUCAGAUUCCAGCGGUUUUACGUCCUCAGGGAAACAGAAGCGCUCCAGGGCAGCAUUCACACACAUCCAAGUGCUUGAACUGGAAAAGAAAUUUAACCACCAGAAGUACCUGUCAGCCCCAGAGAGGGCUCAUCUGGCCAGCACUUUAAGACUGACUGAGACCCAGGUGAAAAUCUGGUUUCAGAACCGGAGGUAUAAAACAAAAAGAAAGCAGCAAACACCAGAGUUCUGUAAGGAUGUGUACAAAGCAGAGGGACUAGGUCUGAGAGACGAUUUAGUCCGAUCAUCAUUGAUCACCUACAAAGCGUAUCAAUACCGACCCUACCUGUGGGACUACGGUGGCCCCUGGGGGCCAACGUUAUGGUGA